ACGGUUGAAAACCAUUAGAGACUGAUAGUGUAACGUUUUUUUCGGUGGGUCAGUCCGAGUCAAAUGGUCUACAGCAAGUAUCUGGUUCCCUUUUGCCUAACAACUUACCACAUUCGUGAGCAGGUGUAAUCAAAACCAACCGUAAUGUAACAGCCUGGCUAAGGAAUAAAAUUUCAUUGUGUCAGUUCCCGCGAAUUUCUUAUGAACAUGGAGAAGUUAUAAAGUUUCCGUCCUUGGAUUCUGCCUUAUCCUUGGAUGAAGCAAGUGGCCUUUCAACUCCUCCAGUUUACACACUACUCAGCUGUGUGUUGAAUACGCAAUCCAUCAUGUGAAAUCAGCUAUAGCCUCUGAAGUUGAUAUCAGUUCCACUAGUAUGUUCGUUAUGCGUAAAACAAAUGAUUCGGGCGUUUUAUACAACCGGGAAAAUGGACCGAUUUUGUUAGUGGUGAAAAAAAAGUAGUUAAGACGAGUUACCUAAUUCUCAAAGGCAGAGGAGAAUAGGUAGUGUAGUCCAGUAUCCUAACAUGAUGUUCAAAGCAGCUCUGGAUCGCUGUUUACAAGAAACUGAGCGAAAGCUCGCUGGCCUUCAGCUGACAGGCUACGUAGAUGCUGACACUGAAGACCAGGAAUCAACACCCAUCAUUCCCUGUUCCUCACCUGCAUCUCCAGAUGACCCCUCCCAUGCACUAGUCUUGCCACAUGCACAAGCAUUUUCAAUCACCCAAGAUCAACAGAAUCUCAGACCUAACAGUGCACAGGAAUCUGUAGGGUCUGGAGAAGCACCUUCAUCUCUAGCAGGAACCUUGGAUGAUGGGCCAGAAAUCGAAAGAUUUGUACUACAACCUGCACCAGAGGGUUCUCUUAUUAAAUGCCGUAUAUCCAGAGACAGGAAAGGCAUGGACAGGGGACUUUUUCCUACUUACUUUCUUCACAUGGAAAGAGAUGAUGGAAAAAAGGUCUUUCUCUUAGCUGGUCGGAAACGAAAGAAGUCGGCCACCUCCAAUUAUCUUAUCUCAGCAGAUCCAACAGACUUGUCAAGAGGAGGUGAAUCUUUUUGUGGGAAGCUAAGAUCAAAUUUGUUAGGAACACAAUUUACGAUAUACGAUGGAGGAGAAGGUAAAAAGAAAUUGACUUCUUCUACAACAACAGAAAAACCAGGUUCUAGGCAAGAACUAGCUGCUGUAGUUUACGAAACAAAUGUAUUAGGCUUCAAAGGUCCAAGGAAGAUGACUGUAAUAUUACCAGGAAUGACAACAGACCACCAAAGAGUAGAAUUCCGACCAAGUGUAGAACAUGACAGUCUUUUAGAUCGAUGGAAGAGCAAGAACAUGGAUCAGUUAAUUGAAUUGGGGAAUAAGACACCUGUCUGGAAUGAUGACACACAAAGUUAUGUUCUCAAUUUCCAUGGCCGUGUAACUCAAGCCUCUGUCAAAAACUUUCAAAUUGUUCAUGAGAGUGAUGUUGAUUAUAUCAUCAUGCAAUUUGGGAGAGUGGCAGAGGAUGUAUUUACAAUGGACUACCGAUACCCUAUGUGUGCACUUCAAGCGUUUGGUAUUGCACUCUCUUCAUUUGAUUCCAAACUAGCCUGUGAAUAAUAUAUUUAGUUUAAAUAUAGAAAAUAUCUUUCAAAUGAUGCGAGUGAAAUGGUGUAUUGCAACUGAGGUCUGUUAUGGUACAUUUAAGGCAUAAACGAUACAUUGUAAAGUGUCUACGUCAGUGUUUGUACCAUGCUGCCUAAUGCCUUGUUCAAUUAUUCACAUUUCCUAAGCUAAGGUGGAAUGCGAUGCUUGUACUUUGCCACUAGGUAUUGUUGGUUUCACAACAAAUUCUUGUAUUUUAUGUAAAACAUAAAUUUUAAGAAAUGUCACACAAUUAAAUUGGAGUGGAUAUUCUUAAAAUCACCAUUUGUUACCUCUGUGUACAUGUAUAUAUUAUAUAUAUGAGUGACAUACUAACUAGCACCUACCAAAUAACACUGGUAAGCUUCAAAAGUAUAUAAGUACUAUAGGUAUAUAGGGUUUAAUUUUUCUUUUCUAAGACUAUAGCCUUGUCCUUGCUAAAACUGUGAGAAAUGGAAUGCUGUACAUUAAUAGCUAAAGUAAAAAGGUUCACACUUAAUCAUGAUCUUUAAAUUGAGGUAUGGAUGUACAAAUUUAGAGCAGUACCAUUGAGAGAAUACAUGUAUGAAUGUGCUCAUAGCUACUACAGUAGUGUACAGUGAUCUUUUAAAAGUUUGAUGUUGAAUUUAAGAAAAGGGGACUUUCGUACCCAGCAUUAGAAGUUGCAGUACUUAAGUCAGGAUCUCAGAUUAUAAAAUUGUAAAUUAACUUCUUGGUACUAAAAUGAUUUGACAGUAACUUAAUACAUGAAUACAUAUACGUACCAUCUUAUUCUGUUUAUUUACUCAAGACAAGGUUAUCAUAAUCCUUUGAUAGUCAUUUGAAAUAAACUGACCAUUUUAAAAUUUGUACCUCAGAUAUAAAUUAUUUAAGAAUGCAUGUGCAAUGACAUGCAAGAUAUAAAUAUUUAUUUAAGAUGUGCAAUGACAUGCAAGAUAUAAAUAUUUAUUUAAGAAUGCAUGUGCAAUGACAUGCAAAAACAGGAACGGGCAAUUCCUACAGAAUUUGCUAUCACAAUCAUUACUCUGUAGGCUCUUAUCAAAUAGUUCUCUACAAUCAACUUGAAAUAUCAGAUAUAAAUAACAAUAAGCAUGAAAGAAGAAAAUGGGAAAGAAAAUACUUGAGUAUUAAAAAGUAAGAAUACUAUGAAAUCAGACAGGAUAAUAUUUGCUUUAAAAUUAGUUAUCCAGAUGGUAACUCCAUACUUAAAAUUAUGGACUAAAAUGGCAAAAGUUUGAUGGCAACUUAUUGAAAAAAAAUUUAUAACUAAGAUUUGUACAUACAUGGUACUACUAGUGUAAUGCUAUAUUUGAACGGUCACAAAAACAUAAGUAACCAAAACAUUACAAUAAACUAGUAUCUAAAAGAAAAGGCGGAACAUGAACAGGAGCAGUUGAUGUAUAGUUAUAGUAAAUGAAAAACUUAAUAGAUGGCAUCACUAACGCCAGGAAAACACGGCAGUCAUAAUCAAGAGUAAGUCUGAGAGGCCAAAUUUACUCUUACUAUAUUUUACACUAGUUACAACACUUUUCAUGAAUAUUUGCAACUAGAGGGUAUUCAAAGACCUUCUUACAGGCAUCACUGCCUUGUCCUAAUUCAACUAUAUAAUACUAUCACACUGAAAGAGGUAUAAGUUUCACUAUAAUCAAAGAAUACUGGGUAAUCAAAGAAUGCUGAGAGUUUACAUUUGAUUCCUUCCAUUCCAACAAACAGAUGUCAUUGAAAAGUCUACAAAAGAGACUAAAGGCAGGCCUUAAAAUAAUCAAAUAUUUCAAAUAAAGAAUAAAAAUAACAGUUCUUACUACUUUAUUUCAAUUAUGGUCAUUAGUGUCGAAAGACUCCUGCCUUUGUAUAAAAGUUGUUUUCAUCUUAAAGCCCUGUCCACACAGUCGAGCUUUGCCCAACAAAAUUUGUUCGAUGUGACAUCAGAAGUGGGAAAAGUCAGAACCUUAUCCGCUGUUUCUCCGCCUCUGACGUCUCAUCGAACAGUUCGACACCGGACAGGCCUUAAGAAAUAGAUUUUUACAUGAAAACAUAUCUCCAACCAACUAGUCACUCAAGUUCCUAAUGAAGAGAACUAAAGUUAUAACUAUGUAUUGCUAUACUUUUUCUUUUAACAAAAACUGUAACUGCGUCUUCUAAUUUCCCUCAAUCAUUUAAAGUGCAGGAAACCUGAAUUAAUUAAUUCUGCAAACUUGUAGACUGAAUGUUACUUGUACUAAAUAUCAUUUUGGCCUUUAGAAAUGAAACUUGCCUAAAGAAACUUUCACCAAGUAAAAAAGCCUAGAAAAACUUUUAAGUAAAAAAAAAUAAAUAAGGAAUUCACAAACUAUAUUAAUGUAUUGCUCUCUUAUCUUGUUUGAAAAAGUUCUCCUUUCUCAUAUGUACUGCUAUAAAUGUAUGUAAAGUCUUUAAAUUUAUAACAGUCUCCAAACUGUUAAUUCAACGUUUCAAAUCAAACUACCACAUUUAAGAGUCAUACAUCAUCAUUCAUAGACUUAAUAUUGGAGCCUGCAAGUCUAAUUUAAUUUUACUAGGAUCGCUAUCUAUCCUGAGUCAAUGUUUAACAAAUAUUUAAAAUGUAAGCAAAAUUUGGAGUUUUACAAGAUCUGGCAAUGUAAUUAACAGUAGGUACAAAACAUCAGAAAAUUUCUUGUAAAAAUCCCAAAUUUUAGUCGAUUUCAUGUUUUAAUCCAUCUGUAACAUACAUUUCUAAAAACAGUUUUGAAAUUUAAAAAAAUUAAAUUAUUCUAACAUCAUUAUUAUAUAAUAAUUCGUAGUACAGUGAAUGCAGUGUAUGACUAAGCAUUGUUCUACAACUUAUUUCAAACACAUGACUACAAGAAAGGAUACACUACAUGUCUUGACACUAAAACUUAAUUUUCACUGUACUCAAGUUGAAAACCUUCCUUCUCAAAUCAGGAUACUAAUCUAUCCUGCUGUGGUGCCUUAAGGAUUACCAUUUUCCAUUCAGUUCUGUUCUAUCAUGAGAUGUGUACCAACAUCAGUUUCAUGACCAUCUUCCUAAUAUCAUCUCUCACUAUGAACCUCCAUCAUAGUAGUAUAUCUGUAGUAUAUUUUAAAGCUACCUCCUCGUGAAUGAAAAUCCUUAUCACAAAUAUAACUGCUUUGCCUUGUACCUGAGACUGUAUUAGUUAAACUUCACAUGAACUAUAAUGUUAUCUCGUCAAAUCCUAUAUGGCAUUGCAACUGGAUUUUAAAAACUUACACUCACUAAUUUUUGUAUAUAAAUCAUUUAAAUAUACAAAAUGAGACUUGUAUCACUUUAUUAUAGCCAAUUAAAAUUUUUCAAAUACUUAAGGAAUUAUAAAAUAGAACUAACCUACCAAAUCUGAUAGCAUUCACCUAAGGCUGGAUAUAAAAUACUCAAUAUCAUCUGCACUGAAAGUUAACAAUAAUUUUCCAGUUAAUUGACUUGUGCCGGCCAAACACCAUUCCAACUUUUAGAUUUAGCACAGUUCCUGACAUAAACACUGUAAUAUGUACACAGGCUACUUUCAAUGUUAAAAUAUAUAGCACUUUUCAUAUUCUGACAUUGUUAGUGCUAAUAUAUACUAUUUUGAUGCAAAUGAUUGUGCUGGUCACAGUUAGUCUUGGAACACACAAUUAUAAUUUUCAAUUAAGAAUUGUCAACACAAUACAUCUGAUAAGCCAUGGGGCUACAGCUAUUUGCCACAUGCUCUUGCCUUCUGUUAUGGCCUUCACAAUAAGUAAGGUUCAUAAUCAUAACAGUGCGAAGGGCACAAAAAUUUAUGGAAAGAGUACAGUAACUUUUAGUUUAUAAACUUUUUGCAGUAAAUGAAGAGACAGCUGGAUACAUAAUUUUACAGCAUAGAAUGUACAGUCAUUCUCAAACAUAAUCAGUUUCCUAGGAACCAAAAUGAUAACAUUCCUCUUAUAAACAGUUAAGCUAUUUCACUGUUGCUUCACGACCACAGCACCCUCACUGGUGUGCUGUAUUUAUCUUAAUCUUUUCUGUUAUACCCUAUUAAAUUUCUCUGGACUUUCAACUAGCAAACUGUGCCUAAAUAUUUCCUCCAUCCCAGUUUCUAUAAAUCUGUCUAGAUAUACAUAUUAUACUACUGCCUUUUGGAACUUUCAGAUCCAUGUGUAUAAGAAAUCUUACCUUACCUUGCCUUGAUGACCAUAAUUCCAGUGUAACUGUAGCCCUUUAUGUUGUCAGUCCAUAAAUCUGCUGUCUAAUGGACUUUAGACAUCCCUCUUGUAUUUUCCAUAACCUCAAUCAUCUAUCAUUCUUAUCACAUUUCUGUGCCUCAACCACCUACAAUACAGGAGAUGGUAGUGAUGAAUAGCAAAAAAAAUGUAACAUCAUCCUUUUUUGCCUUGUCAUAAACAUCCAAUGUAAAUAAAAUGUAAUGUAUCCUAGCUUUGUGAACAUGAAUGAUAGGAAAAUCUGAGAAUAAGUUCAAGCACUAAAUGCAUUGUACCAAUGCAUACCUUGAAUUUUACCUUGUCAUGAGCUAACUUUAAGGAGAAAAAGUUAACUGUAAGGUACUACUGUACUUCUGUAGUCAAUGCUUUUAUUUCUCUUGGCUAUGACCAAGAAGAAAAUUCUCCAUGGUGUCAAGAAAAUAACUGGAACCCUUUAGUGAAGUGUGUUAGCUUUCUUAUCGCAUGCUGUACUUAUUUUGAAGCUCAUGAUUAAAUGUUGAGUGGUUGUAUGUCUAAAUCAAUUACGUAUUCUUGUGGCAGUACAAUUAUUGCAUCUUUACCUGUGAAACAUUUAGCACUCUUUACCUGAUGAUGGACUGUAGUGCUAUGUAUAUUACUAUAUGAAUGAGUAAAUGAUUCAUUUCUGACACUCCUUCCCUGACUUUACUGUUCUUUUCUUCUAAUUGGUAAAAAUGCACCUAACUUUUGCUGGGUUUAUGAUGCAUAUUGAACUAGCACUGAGCUGGUGUAAAUGUUAAUGCAGACUCGCUGACAAUGGAAACAUGAAUUUGAGCACAAAAAAUGGAGUUAAAUUUACAAUGCUUGCAAAAAAUGUUUAGGAACACUAUCUUUUAGUAUAUAUUUAUUUAUCAAACAAAAUCAAAUUGUAAAAUACAGUUACUUCUCUCUACACUAUGUAAAGUGGUUCCUCCGUAGUCUAUUCAACCUUGCUGACAGAAUAAUAAUCAAAAGUUUCCUUAUAAAUAAUGUACCCUUAAAGCAGUAAUAUAAAAGAAAUUUAAUGCUGUCCUCUGAUAAAAUGCUUUUUUUAUCAUAUAACUUUUGUAUAAAUAAGAUAGUAAAACUUAUGUACUACAUAAAUAUAGAUGAAAUUACACAUGACAUCACCAAAAAUGCAAUAAUAGCUUUCACUGAAAUUCAGCAGUAAAUUCACACACAUGCACAAAAAUAUAGCUUCAUACAAUAUUGUUAAGUUCAAGUUCAUAAACUGCCAUGACUUAAGGAAAAUUUACUAACAACAAGACAAAAAGAAGAGAGGGAAAAUGAUAAAUAAUUUUCACUAGAUUUCAUAAGUUCUAAUUAAAAUUCAAAAGCUUGGCUCGGUAUUAGUAAUUACAGUACAGUAAACUGGUUAACAAAUACAAUGGAGUAAACUGCAUUUGCACUCUGAAUGAAGGCCCCUUCAAAUAACUUGAAAAAUACAUGUACAGUACAUAGUGCAAAUACAAAAGCUGUUGUCACCCCCAUUUGAAAGAACAAAAUUUCUCAAUCAAUUCCUCUGAAAACCAACAAACUUCUAUAAUUUUCAUAACCUUGUGACAUGUAGAUUUUAACAUCUAAAGAAAAUAAUAUUUUUGAAGUUUUAUAGAAGUUUUAUAGACAUUUUUAAAACUAAAUGUUCAACUAAACUGAGCAAAAAUCUCAAAUCUGACAUGACUGCCAAACUAUAUAAGGGAUAACAAAAUACUUCCCCGCAGUAAGAUCAAAAGACUAAAGAAGUCUCUUGGACCACUCAUUUUUUGGUACAGUAUGCUGUAUUAUUAUUACUAUUAUUAUUAUUAUAAUUAUUAUUAUUAUUAUUAUUAUUAUUAUUAUUAUUCAAAAGCCUGGCUAGACCAAAAUGUCAUGAACAUUAAUUUUACAAGGUUACUAUUUGCUGACAUAAAAAAAUAAAUUACCAUAAGAUGUCCUUGUAACCUUCAUUGGAUUUAAUUUCAUUGUAAAAUAUGUGUACCUCACAGAAGUACUUUGAUGACAAAAUACGAGCAAGGCUUUUUUGGGAAUAUCCAAGUAAAUUGUAAUAUACGUAAGACUAAUGCUUAAUAAAUGCCUGUGAAGAACUUGUACUUGAAAAUAUUUGCAAAUGAUAGUAGUUUCAAGUAUGAAAAAUAGUCUCAUUACUUUACUUUCUUAUAAAAAUGCUUUUUUAAGUAUUAAAUGAAACACCCACUAACCUACUGGCAUCGACUACCAGAUACUUCAGACGUAGUUCUUCAGUUAGAUACUCUACUGCAAAGUAAUUCCUAAUUAUAGGGUAAGAUUAGCAGUGCUUAUAAGUACCUUAUUGACUGCAUUAGUGCUCAUUUCUUAUUACCUUUACGUCAUGUAUGAUGCCUUGUUUACUUUUAUCUCUUUGUAAUGAAGCUUCAAGAUUCCUUUAGGCCACUAUCAAUGACUAGUUGAUAAAAUUAAAAAAACUUCCUCUUGAGUAGUGCAGUGCUUCAUUUCUAUAAACAAAUUAGACAAUUUUCCUUAAUUUCUAAUCUGCAACUAGUUGAUACUUAGCAGAAUAGGCUAACUGUCUGGCUAGUUGAAAAGAAACCUUACCUGAUGGAAACACACUUAAUGGCUAACGGCCUUCACACACUUAUACAGUACAGUGCUGAGGUUACUGUAUAAGAUUACUUUUUUGAGCUAAGAUCUUGCCUAUUAUUAUAAUUACUUCAUUAAGCUUAUAUCAAAAAAGAAUAAAAUCAUUAGUGCAGCUGCUGUUCAUAGAAAUCUAGUUGAGACAGAAGUAACUGUAUGGUCAGGAAAGUGUUGUCAAAUACACACUGCAUUUCUAAGGGUUUACCUGAUUUUCCUUUUAAUUUAUUAGUUCAUUCAUCGACCAAUACUUUCUCAUGUAUAUUAUUAUUUUUGUAGUAGGAAAUGUCUAUAUGUAUUUAUAUAAAAAAUGUUUUUCUGUAGAUAAAGAGAAUUAUUUUGUUAGAAAGGCCGAUCUGUGGCAUCAGGUUAUGUGGUUAGCUUUCAAAAUAUAAUUUAUUAAAUCUUUCACAAUGAAACUCUGUGUAAACACAAUCCUUUAAAUUAAAAUCACUGGAACUUAUGCCAUGAAAUGUUUAUAAAUACUAAUGGACUGAAAUAUUCAUGGUCCUCCUCACUUAAGAUUGUUUCAAUUUAAUGGAAGUUUUGUCACAAUUUAUAAAAUGUACAGUAGCAAACUUGUACAAUUUAUAUGGCAUUGCCUUCACAAAACCCUACUAUUGUUUUCUUUGUUCUUAUGCUGCUGUAUCAGAAGUGAAAUAGACAAACCCAGAGUGGUAACAUUUCUGUAACAGGAAUUUAUAAGAAAUAGUAUUUCUAAAAGAAUGUGAACUUGUCUAUUAUAUCUGACCAACAUUAAUAUGUUAGUUUUAUGAAAUACAGGCCAAAUAAGAUAU